UAUGCGUAUAAUAAAUAUCUUACCUAUAGUGGUGACGAUAAUUCUCAUAUAUGCAGGAGUACCUAUAGCUUAUUGUGGUGUACUUAUAUGUAUACCAGAAAUUAUAUUAUACAUUUCAUUAUACGUGAAGUUUUUGUAUGAAUCUAGAAUUGUUGGAAAUGAAGUAUCUGAGAUUCCACGGAUUUACACGCUCGAUAAUUUUUCCCGUUUUUGGGUAGCGGAAGCAUAUGAAGAUUUUCCAUUACAUGAUCAGGAACAAGAUCAGCAAUAUGUAUUCAUGACAGAGGAAAACUUGAAUGAUAGUAACAUUGAUGUUUCUAAUCAUAAUAAAAAAAUUGUAGGUAUUAUGGCAUUCCGUAAAAGUAAUUGGCAACCAACACUUGGUUAUAUAAAAAGAUUUUAUGUUCAAAAAAAGUAUUCUAGGAAAGGUAUAGGUAAUCAACUUAUGAAUCAAGCAGUAUUUUUUGCCGAUGAAAACGGAAUUCUAUGUAUUAAAGCGAUUGUUUCUGAAUUUGAAAAACAUCUUAUUUGUUUUUAUAAUACUAAAAAUUUCACUGUAAAUAUUAUACGUGAUAAAUCAUUUUUAAUAUCAAUUACGCUGUAUGAAUAUAUGUUUCGUGUAAUGGAUUUUCAUUCAGUUCAGUAGAAAUUACCGUAAUUU